AUGGGUUUCUCAAAAUUGUUCUUCUGUUCAUUAAUUUUCAUUGUCUGCAUAUCGAGUUUACCAAUUCAUUCUGUAGCUUAUGUUUCCAUCAAUAACAUCACUCUUUUGGGUGAUGCUUAUUUUCAAGAAAAUGGCAGGAUUUGCCUUACUCCUUAUUCACCAUCACCAUCACCUUCAUCUUCAAUUGGUGUGGGUAGAGCUCUUUAUAAUCAUCCAAUUAGGUUUCUUGAUCCUUCUACGAAUUCCAAUGCUUCUUUCAUUUGUCGUUUUUCUUUUUACAUCACCGCAUUUUCUGAUUCUUCAUCUUCAUCUUCUCCUCCACUGUUUGGAGAUGGUUUAACCUUUAUCAUUACUUCCAAGAAAUACAUACUAGGUAGUGGUUUUGGUUAUAUGGGUCUCUCCAAUGAAACUAGUCAAGAAGAGGGGGGAAUGUACAUUGCAGUGGAAUUUGAUACUAGUUUUGACCCGAGUCUUGAUGAUAUUAGCGAUAAUCAUAUAGGAAUUGACAUCAAUUCAGCUAGGUCAUUUGCUUCUGUUGAUUCAACUUCGAUGGGUUUUGAUUUAAAGAAUGGUAAAAGAACGACAGUGUGGAUUGAAUACAUAGAUUCCAAGAAGAUGGUGAAAGUUUGGCUCAGUUAUACAAAAUCCAGAACUAUUAGGCCAAUUCUUGCUACUCAUAUUGAUCUUUCUAUGUACCUUGAAGAGUUUAUGUUCAUUGGUUUUUCGGCAUCAAAUGGAAAGGGAUCAGCACAACACGUGGUCGAGAAAUGGAGAUUCAGGACUUAUGGGUUUCCUCAUUCCGUUAAUUGCUUUGAAGGUGGUUGUUUUAUGUGUGUUCCUGAUGAUGUACUACUAAAUGAUACUGCUGAGACACCCUCAACAAGAAGCAGGAACAAUGCACUCGCUUUUGAAUUCGCCAGGGCGAGAUUUUUUGUCUCUGUUUGGUUGAUUAUUGGGGGAAUAAGUUGGUUUUUCAUGAGAAAGAAAAGAAAUGGCACCGGAAAUGUGAGUCAUCAACGCUAUAAUACUGAACUGAAUCAAGUGCAGGAUAGGGUGCCGCAAUCCAAGGUUAGAGCACGCAAAACUCCCAGACCGAAAUCCAAGAGGGAAGAAUUUCGAUUUAGCACACCUACUGUUGCACUGACAGAUGACGAAGAAAAGAGGCUCCAGGAGUAUCUGAAUAACUUGAAUCAGUGUGAGGCAAAUGUGAAAUCACUAGAGCUCUCAGUUUCUGCAGCAGAGAAGGUUUUUGAUUCUGCUAAGAUGAAGAGAGUAGCUGCAGAAUCUAACACUUGCAAUUCCAAAGCUUGA